AUGGACAGAUUGAACAUUUUUAACAGAGUAAAUUGUCAAGAGGGCGGUGGUUUUCUGAAAAGAGCGAACGAAUCCCACCUGCAUGACAUCUUCAACAGGUACGCUUCCGCCGAGAAAGAUGGCGAGAAAUUCAUGACCCCGGAGGAUUUCGUUAUAAAGUACCUGCGCCUUUUAGACGACAAGAACUUCAAUACAGACACCAUAAGGCUUUUGGCCGCCAUCGUAGACACCAGCAAAGAUGGGCUCAUCUCCUACGCCGAAUUCCAGGCCUUCGAAGGGCUGCUGUGCUUCCCCGACGCCCUCUACAAAACCGCUUUUCAAUUAUUCGAUACGAACGGAAAUGGAAUGGUUAGUUUUCAGGAAUUCGUUGAGGUAAUGACGAAAACCGAAUUACACAAGAAAAUCCCAUUCAACAUGGACUCGCCGUUUAUCCAAUUGUAUUUCGGUAAAGACAAGAAACGGUUGGUUACCUACAACGAGUUCUCGCAAUUCCUGCACGAUUUCCACGAAGAGUACGCCAUUGAAGGUUUUAGAAGGGCGGAUAAGAGCGGCAGUGGUUUUAUAUCUGUUUUGGAUUUUCAGGAAAUCAUGACCAGCAUAAAGAGUCAUCUGCUUACAAAGCAAGUGCAAUCGCAUCUGAUCGAGGCGGCGACACAAUCGCAAAUCGGCAGCCGUGUGAGUUUUCCGUACUUCAUCGCUUUUAAUUCCCUGUUGAACAAUAUGGAGCUGGUGAAACGCAUUUACCUCAACGUCACCAACGGUCACAGGACGCAGGAAGUUAGCAAAGAGGAGUUCAUGCACAGCGCGCAGGCCAUGUCGCAAAUGACACCGCUCGAAGUGGAGAUCCUCUUCCAUUUGUGCGACGUGCUCCAUCAAACAGGGAGGAUCGUUUACAACGAUUUGUACGCAAUUGCCCCCGAACAGUAUUUUAAACAGAUCACUAAUCGACUGGCAGAAAUUCACGCCGUAUCGAGUCCCGAUGAUAGAGGUGUCGUAAUACAAAUUUUAGAAAGCACCUACCGAUUCGCCUUGGGAUCAAUAGCAGGAGCUGUCGGUGCUACGGCGGUAUAUCCUAUAGAUUUGGUGAAAACUCGCAUGCAGAACCAACGAACGGGCUCGUUUAUCGGCGAGUUGAUGUACAGGAACAGUUUCGACUGUUUCAAAAAAGUCAUCAGGCACGAGGGCGUUUUCGGAUUGUAUAGGGGGUUGGUGCCCCAAUUGUUGGGCGUAGCGCCCGAAAAGGCCAUCAAAUUAACGAUGAACGAUUUGGUACGGGAUAAACUUAUGGAUAAAAAAGGGAACAUACCUCUCUGGGGUGAAAUAUUGGCCGGUUGUUGUGCUGGCGGAUCGCAAGUAAUUUUUACGAAUCCUUUAGAAAUCGUGAAAAUUCGAUUACAAGUAGCAGGAGAAAUAGCCGGCGGAGCCAAAGUUAGAGCUUGGGCAGUGGUCAAAGAUCUCGGUCUAUUAGGAUUAUACAAAGGAGCCAGGGCAUGUUUCUUGCGCGACAUACCGUUCAGCGGCAUCUAUUUCCCCAUGUACGCUCACACUAAAGCGAAAUUUGCCGAUGAAAAUGGCUACAACAGCCCGUUGAGUCUGUUGACCGCCGGUAUGAUCGCCGGUAUGCCCGCCGCGGCGCUCGUGACGCCCGCCGACGUCAUCAAAACCAGGUUGCAGGUGGUGGCCCGAUCGGGACAGACGACCUACAACGGAUUAACGGACGCCGCUAGGAAGAUCAUGAAAGAGGAAGGAUUCAGCGCCCUUUGGAAAGGAGCUACCGCUCGUGUGUUUAGAUCGUCGCCGCAGUUCGGCGUUACUUUGCUGACGUACGAGUUGCUGCAGAGGAUGCUGUACGUCGAUUUUGGUGGGACUCGACCAUCUGGAUCGGAAUUGAAGCAAAUCUCAACUAUAGGUGACGUAAAGAAGCCGACGAAUCCCGAUCACGUAGGUGGUUAUUCGGUAUCGUUGCCGAUAUUUUCUGGCAUAGAGAGCAAAUUCGGGCUCUGUUUACCUAAAUUCCGGACAUCUCAAACGUCCUAA